AUGCUUAGCCCUAAGCCGGCUUUCUUGCUGCUACUGCUGCACGCAGUGUUUGGCUCCGCCUACCGUUGGUUCAACUGGCAGUUUGAGGUCACUUGCGAGUCUGAUGCCUACAUUGCUCCUCACAAUGAGCAUGCCGCCGCCCAGUUCCUCAAGGAACAGUACCCUAAGGGUUCCCACAUUAAAGUUGUCGGAAAUGGUCAUGGAUUUGGUAACCUCACUACCUGUGUCGACAAUUCUCUCACUGAGAAGCCCACCUAUAUCGUUUCCCUCACCAAUUUGAAGAAGCUCAACAUCGACAAGAAGAACCUGACCGUCACCUUUGGUGCCGGGUGGGAUGUCGAUGACCUUGUCCAAGAGCUGAAGGCCAACGAUUUAUCCUUCAGCAAUCUUGGCGUUGAGCGUGUUCAGAACUUCGUUGGUGCUGCCUCCACCGGUACCCACGGUUCUGGAUCCAAUCUCGGUAACAUUGCAUCCCAGAUUAUUGGGUUGCGUGUGUUGGACUCACAGGGAAACCUCCGUGUCAUCGACGAGAGUGCAGAAGAACUGAAGGCUUUCCGUAUCAGCCUUGGUGCCCUCGGUUUAAUCACGGAAAUGACUAUCAAGGUUCAGCCUACCCAACUCCUGAAGAAGACCACGAAGGUCUUAAAUGCCACCUCCGACUACUCGGUGAUGUACAAGGAGCUUGCUCAAUUGUACAAGGAGCAUGACCGUAUGACUGUCUGGGGUCCUCACUUUGAUUGGGAUGCAGACUCUCAGACCUGGGCCCUCGAGCCUACCUACUUUCUUUCUUACUGGGAGCCGACCAACUAUACCGGCGUUCGCAACUGUACUCUCAAUUACUGCGCCAACGGCUGCGGUGACUGCAAGAAGGAGUACAUAUGUUACGAUGAAGUCACUGACGCCGCGUCAUGCUCUCCUCAAGGUGUCUGUUCUCGAGGCUUCUACGCCGAGAUCGAGCACUUCCUUCCUAUGGAGUAUUACGCGAAAGCCGCCACCAACUACACCAUUUUCCAACAGGACCAGACACCUCGCAUGAAGGCCCCCUAUAACAAGCAGAUGGUUAUUCAGCAUCGUUCUCUCAAAGGUGACGAUGCAUAUCUGUCCCCUGUCAACACCUACGGCCUUGACCCCGAGCUGAGCGGCGUUUUUGCGGUCAUAGAGAUUGACUGGAUCCAAGAAUACAACAACUUUACCACUCUCUGGCAGAACCAAGAAUUGGCUCAUGAAUUCCUCCCUCAAUUCGGUGAAACUUACAACGCCCGGUCCCACUGGAACAAGAUGAGCCCUCCUAAUGUUACCUACACUCUGGAGAAAUUCCCGAAGCUGCCUGAAUUCUUGGCCAUCCAGCAACGCCAGGAUCCUAAGUGCCAAUUUGUGAAUGAAUUCCUAGUUCAGCAGCUUGGCAUUGCCCGCUGCGCGAACUAUGUCUCUCUAUAG